AUGGCCAAUUCCAGCCCUCAAUUCAAACAGGAGAUCCAGCAGAUGAUGUACAUUGCCGGCGAGACCCAGGACACCUCCGACGAGACGACAACCCUCAUUGAGAGCAUCAUUCACGGCCAAGUCGUCCACAUGCUCACCACAGCCAACGACCUUGCUUUGCGCCGCGGCGCCCGCCUCUUCACCGUCGCAGACCUCAUCUUCCAGUUCCGCCACAACACGCCCCGCGUCGACCGCCUGCGCACCUUUCUCACCUGGAAGGCCAUCCGCAAAACCGUCAAGGACGCCGACGACAAGGACGCCCUCGCCGCCGCCGACGACGAGCCAGACGUCGACGACGGCGCCGGCGCCGGCCCCCUUCAGGGCCAUUUCCCGCCAUCUGAGCAGACAUUCGUAAAAUUCCAUCAGCAGACUCUGUCCGCGGCAACUGAUGCCGCCGACGACAGCCGCCUCGUACCCAACCCAUGCGGUCCAAUGCCGGCCACAACGAGCCUCUCACUGCUCAUCCCCGUUGCCGUCAUUGAUGCCCUCCCUCAGAAUCUCAAUCUGCUUCUGGAUCUCGACCCAGAGCACCAACUUGUCGAGCCCGUCGCCCGCGUCAUCACUCACCACGAUCCACGCAUCCGCCGACGCCCCGCUCGUCCGCCUCUCGCCGGCCCCGGUGCCCCUCCGCGCCAGCGCCAGCAGCGCCGCGACGAACGCCUCCUGGAUGUACGCAAAGCUGAACUUGUCCGUGAUCUCGGCAAUGGCGCGGCACAGACGAUCCGGGAACUCAAUCUCCUUGUUGCUCUUGAGCUUAGCCUGCCAGAAGCGGCAGUACGCCUCGCGCUGGUCGACGUUGGGGUCCGGGAAGAGGUACUUCCUGUCGAAGCGGGAGGGGCGUUUCUGUGA